AUGUCCCAAUAUCCAGGUCCAGAAAAUCCGUCGCAACUGCCACAACAAAGUGGCUAUGUACCACAAACUGGGAUGAGCAUACUUCAUGAAGCCCAACCACAAGCUGUCGCAAGAAGUGGUCAAAGAAAUUGGAAAGCAGGUUUAUUCGACUGCUUUUCUGUCCCCGGACUCUGUUUCAAAACCUUCUUUUGCCCUUGUAUCACAUACGGCGAAACAAAAGAGAAAAUGAACAGCGGAAGUUUCGGUUUCAAUUGCAGUUGCUUCCUUUAUUCUAUGUGUGUAUGCUUUUCAUGUUGUCUUGGUACUAUGGCACGUCGUGAAGUUCGUGGACAAAAAGGAAUCGACGGCGGUUGUCUAGAAGACUCUUGGACUUAUCUGUGGUGUGCAUGUUGUGCUUUGAUCCAGGAACGCCGUGAAUACGAUGAUUGA